UAUGGAGCGUUUGAUAUGCGUCAGCCGGUCCUCAUGAUACGUGAUCCAGAAUUGGUUAAACAAAUUUUAAUAAAAGAUUUCGAUCAUUUUGUAAACCGCCAGGUAUCGAGUUCAGGGGCCACGGAGAAUUUAUUUUCCCAUUCGUUGUUUAUGAUGGAAAAUGAUAAAUGGCGUGAUAUGAGAAGUACAUUGAGUCCCGCAUUUACCGGCAGUAAAAUGCGUCAAAUGUUCCAGUUGAUGGUACAGACGGUAGAUGAGGCCAUGGCAUAUUUAAGAAGUCAACAGUGGUCGAUGGAUGGUAUCGAUGUCGACAUGAAAGAUUUAACUACGCGUCUGACAAAUGAUAUAAUUGCCUCGACGGCAUUUGGUCUGCAGGUGAAUUCAUUUCGUGAUAAAGAAAAUGAAUUCUAUAUUAAGGCAAAGCGGGCUGUCAGCUUUACGGGUUUGCAGCAGGUGAAAAUGCUGUUUAUUGUUAUCUUUCCAAAGUUGGCGGAGAAGCUAAAAAUGGAUAUUUUUGAAAAAUCAUUUACCGAUUAUUUUAUGAAUCUGGUAUUGGGUACAAUGAAAUAUCGCCAGGAACACAAUAUACAUCGUCCGGACAUGAUUAAUUUGCUAAUGGAAGCCAGAGGUAUGAUACCCACAGAGGUACAGAAAACCCAUUUCCGUCAAUGGACUGAUAUGGAAGUUGUGGCGCAAUGUUUGGCCUUCCUCUUUGCCGGCUUUGAACCAUCUUCGGGUGUAAUGAGUUUUGCCGCCCAUGAGCUGAUGGAGAAUUCUCAGGUUCAAGAAAAACUCUAUGAAGAAAUUCAUGGAGUCGACGAAGAGUUACACGGUAAGCCGGUAUCAUAUGAAUUGUUGCAAAAAAUGCCCUAUAUGGAAAUGGUUGUAUCGGAGGUGUUGAGAAAAUGGCCUGUGGCGGGUGUAACCGAUCGUAUAUGUAAUAAAGAUUUUGAAUAUGUGUCAAAGGAUACCGGUGAACGUGUGAUCGUAAAGAAAGGUGAAAAGGUACGCAUUUCUAUGUGUGGCUUCCAGAGGGAUCCAACAUAUUUUGAAAAUCCCAAUGUCUUUGAUCCGGAACGUUUUAGUGCGGAAAAUAAAAUGAAAAUAGAUCAUGGUACUUAUUUGCCAUUUGGUGUGGGUUCACGUAAUUGUAUUGGUACUCGUUUCGCUUUAUUGGAGGUAAAGGUGUUCCUUUACUAUUUGUUGCGUGAUUAUCAUUUGGAGCCAUGUGCCAAGAGUUGUAUACCGUUGGUCUUAGAUCCUACUAAGAUACAACUGUUGCCAAAAGGAGGUUUUUGGUUGAAACUGAAACCAAGAAAACGGCAUAAGGGAAUGGUCUAUGGAGCCUUUGAUAAUCGCCAACCACUGCUUAUGAUCCGAGAUCCGGAAUUAAUUAAACAAAUUAUGAUUAAAGAUUUCGAUCACUUUGUCAAUCGUCAGACAUUUCCGGGCAGCAGUGAAAAUUUCUUUGCCAAUUCCCUAUUCAUGUUGGAAAAUGAUAAAUGGCGUGAUAUGAGAAGUACUUUGAGUCCAGCUUUUACCGGCAGUAAAAUGCGUCAAAUGUUCCAGUUGAUGUUACAAACGGUGGAUGAGGCAAUGUCGUAUUUGAAGGUGCAACAAAAUUCGGUGCAUGGUUUCGAUGUCGAUAUUAAAGAUUUGUCUACUAGGCUGACAAAUGACAUCAUUGCCUCAACGGCAUUUGGUCUGCAAGUCAAUUCAUUUCGUGACAAAGAUAAUGAAUUUUAUAUUAAGGCCAAAAAUGCUGUGAAUUUUUCGGGACUGCAACAAUUGAAAAUGAUUUUUAUUAUGAUAUUUCCGAAAUUGGCCGAGAUGUUAUCUAUUGAUAUUUUUGAAAAAUCAUUUACCGAGUAUUUUAUGCAUUUGGUGUUAGACACUAUGAAAUAUCGUCAGGAACAUAACAUACAUCGUCCCGACAUGAUAAAUCUGCUGAUGGAAGCUAGCGGAAUGAUACCCACCGAUAUACAGAAAACACAUUUCCGUCAAUGGUCUGAUAUUGAAAUUGUUGCUCAAUGUUUGCUUUUCUUAUUUGCUGGCUUCGAACCAUCAUCGGGAGUAAUGAGUUUUGCCGCUCAUGAGCUAAUGGAAAAUCCUCAGGUUCAAGAAAAACUUUAUGAAGAAAUUCGUGGAAUUGAUAAAGAUCUACAGGGUAAAUCGGUCACAUAUGAGCUGUUGCAAAAAAUGCCCUAUAUGGAUAUGGUCAUAUCAGAAGUUCUACGAAAAUGGCCUGUCACUUUGGUAACCGAUCGUACUUGUACUAAAGAUUUUGAAUAUAAAUCACCUGAGAGUGGAGAAAAUAUUGUCAUUAAGAAAGGUGAAAAAAUACGUGUGUCACUGUGUGGUCUUCAACGUGAUCCGAAAUAUUUUGAAAAUCCUGAUCAAUUUAAUCCGGAGCGAUUUAGUGUGGAGAAUAGGGGGAAAAUCGAAAUUGGUACAUAUCUACCAUUUGGUUUGGGACCACGUAAUUGUAUUGGAAAUCGUUUUGCAUUGUUGGAGGUGAAGGCUUUCCUCUACUAUCUAUUGCGUGAUUAUCGUCUGGAAGUGAGCCCCAAGACUUCUCAACCUCUGACAUUAGAUCCUGCCAAUAUACAAUUGCUUCCUAAAGGUGGAUUUUGGCUUAAAUGUAUACCAAGGAAAUGUUAA